GUGAUCCGACACGCGGCAGAAAUUGUAAGGCUCGUGGCCAAAGAACUGAAACAAGUUGUUGCGGAGGACUGUCGCAGACUCGAGGUCAUACAGCAGCAACGUGUCCUUUUUCUGGACGAGAAAAGUUUUUAGGAUAGGACGGACAAAGAAGCAGCACUGUUUUAGCCUUGGCUUGCAGAUAAUGGUCUAAUCAAUCGAUGGAUCUAUUUCUAUAAUUAGAAGGAGUACCAACAUGUUGAUGCAGAAGAUGAAUUACAUGUCCUGUCGGCUCGGCAGAGGGUACAGUAUUUUGCCAAGUCAUCAGCAUUCAUCGUGUACUGUAGGUAUGGAGGAUCAUCUUCUUUUUUUUCGUUCAUACUUGCGCAGCGAUCUAUCUGCUGCAAACGAGAUUGGGCGACUUUGGACACUUGCUGGGGCAGCAAGAGUACUUAACUGCGAUGCUAGACGGUGGUGAAGAAAAAGGUGGCUUUUCUUUCGCAUCGAUUGUUAAGGUCAGCUUUUAUCUAAAUCUCUUUUAUAGCAUCUCGAUACCCUUAUCCCUUGCAUUUCAUGGGAAAGGGGUGGGGAUGAGGGGACCGAGAUGAAAAGACGCUGACUCUAAGACUGCACUACGCACCACACUGGAGUCGACUCCGUACGCGUCAUUGGUGGUGGAUAUGCGGGCCAAGCUGAACGCUUUUGAGAAGCAAAGUAGCGAGAAGUUUCGUCAGUCGAGCACAACAGGCGCAAAUGCUUUCGGAACGCAGAUGAUGCCAACGUCGAGCACCAGAAGCAAACGUCGACAACUUCUAGAUAUAUGUGCGAAAAUCGAAGAAGAUGUGGCAACGCAACUGUCCGGGGCCGACGAGCCAGGGUCCCUGUUGCGGGAUGCUUUAGCGCAACUACAAGACGCAAUGAAGGC